AUGAAGUUAGCGCUUGUGCUUGUGGUGCUGUGCGCGCUGAACGCGUGCACGCAGCAGUGCGAGUUCGCGGAGCCUCGUGAACGAGCACCUGACCCGAUGCUCUUGGCCUCGGCCACGCGCCUCGGAGACUCGGACCCGGAGUCGUGUCGCGCGCAGUGUUGUGCACGCGCGAACUGUGACGCCGCUUUGCUCGAGCUCUCAGUUAACGGGAGCGCGCAGUGCUUCCUGCUGGACUGUGAUGGCGCGUGCACGCUGCGCGAGGACAGUCAAUAUCGCGUGUACGAGAGGACCGACGUGCACACGCGUGAGAACAAGACUCACAUCGUACCGCUGAUGCUGGCCACGAGCACGCGCACAGAAGACAACAAUGAGACACAAGACAGGUGCUCUCUACCCUCCCGUGUGGGUAUGUGUAAAGCUGCGUUCCGUCGUUGGUUCUUUGACUCUGACAGCGGCUCGUGUCAGAGGUUCAUCUUCGGAGGCUGCGACGGCAACGACAACAACUUCCAGAGUCAGGAGGAGUGUGAGGCGGCCUGUCCCCUCAGAGCUGCUGUCAACGAGGAAGAAAAACCUCCGGUAAAAGCAUAUCUCAAUGCCCUGCCCCCUCAGACGAGUAUGGUCACGCCCCCUCAGACAGGUCUCAGUGAGGACUUCCCGGAGCCCAAUGAAAUGAGUCAGGAGCAGUUUUCAGAGCUGUGUGCGGCGCCCCCGGUGGUGGGUCCAUGUCGUGCCGCCUUCCCGCGCUGGUUCUACAGCAGCACAAACUCUCGCUGUGAGCUCUUCAUCUACGGAGGCUGCAGAGGGAACAAAAACAACUACAGAGAUGAGAAGGAGUGCAGCGCCACCUGUGACCGAGUGAAAGUUCUGCCGUCGAAGAAACAGCUGCCGGAGAUGUCCGAGGAAUACAGAGCUGUGUGUGCGGUGGCCCCCGAGUCUGGCCCCUGUCGAGCCUCUUUCCCAAAGUUCUACUACGAUCCGGAAACUCAAAGCUGCAAGAGCUUCAUCUACGGAGGCUGUAAAGGAAACGAGAACAAGUACGAGACCGAGGAGGAGUGUGAGGCGCGGUGUGGGGACCCAGAAUCCUUUGAAUCUCGUGGAAAAGGACACAGCCGUUGGACUGCAGCCUUCUUCCUCUUCCUCGCUCUUGGCGCAGUCUCCUGCCUCUUAUUGACUGCGCUCAUCUUAAUCACCGUGAGACGCCAGAGGAACCAAAGACACCUGUCCAUCAGGAGUGAUAAAGAGGAACUUCUCCCAGACUCUGAACGCGCCUCAUUGGAUUCUCUGCCGCUGCCUGAGAGCCCACAGCAAACCUGA